GAGGCAGCGGCAGAACAGAGAGUGCAGAGCUCCAGAGUUCGUCUAGCAGUCGCCAUCAGCGGUACCGGGGUAGUUCUAAGAGUAACAUUGCGAAAAUGCGCGCCGUCAAUUAUUUCAUUUUCGCCUUCUUCGCAGUGUGCGGUGCUGUGCAAGUGGACAAUAACCCUUGGAAGGUUUCCAACCCCGAAACGAAUCGCUGGCUGCGUAAGGGCAAGAACGUCGCUACCGAAACGACCACCCCUGACACCGUCACAACAACCCUUAACCUAACCUCGACGUACCUCCCAAAAACGAGCGCGAAAUACGAGAAGAAAAAUUUGAAAUUUUCUACUUUGACCAAGUCCAUCAUGCAAGCCACGACUUCUGUUCUAACUUCCACAUCCACCCCUCAAGCUUCCUCGAAAAUGCACACUUUUCCUCUAACCUCUGUCACUUUUCCCGACACAACUCACUCGACGUCGGAGGCGUCGUAUUCAGAAUCCACCGAUACGACUGAGACAACUUUGGAACCGAGGGAAAAUCCAAAACCUCACGAUUUUUACUCCAUCAAGGAGAAAUCCAGGGAGAAACUCCACGUGAAGAUCGCAUCUAACAUCAGUCAGAACCUGCUUCCCUUGCCAGCAGGAGCUAGUGCAGCCUUAGUGAAACCAACCAAAUACCACUACUAUCCUCAUAACCAACACAUCUAUCUACUGCCUGAAUGUGCGAUACAACAGGUUUGCAACGCAGUGUAUAUUCGAUUGAACUGGACUCAACCUUUGUGUGCCUGUCCCUCAAGGUACAGAGAUCCUUGCUCAGCAUCUUUAAAUGCUGAUGAUCUUCAUACAACUGAGCUUAUGGUAGAAAGGAAGUCAAAGGCACUUACUUUAGUGAAAACAUGUGAGCCAAUAUCAGACAUGAGAAUUUGCAGAGCACCUAGGGAUUGGUCUCUCUUGGCCCUCCAGAAUAUAAGAACCGGAAAAUCGCAUUAUUUAGUUAUCUGUAGAUGUCCAGAAUCUAGAAUAUUAGAAGGACCAAUGUCCCAUGAUCAGCCCACCUACGCCAGCGUGCCAGGUAUUCGAGUCUACGGCAUGAUCUGCACAGAUGACAACAGAUCGAGACGACAAUUUCCUUACAGGACAACGAGAUCCCUCAAGGAUGCACCUCCCUUCCCCUUCGAAAAGGCCUACGAAUUCGCUUUGAACGCCAACUGGGAUUGAUUCUAUCGCUAUCUCAAUGUUAACGUUUUUUUCUUAAUUUUUGUGAAAAUUGAGGACAUUUCCAAGUUGAAUCGAAUUUUGGGUUCCGCGCCAACGAAAUCAGAGGAUCAAGUCACCAGUCUCUCUGUUGUAAAAUAAUAAUACGAGAUAUUUCGACUUAUCAAUAUGAUUCGAAUAUUCAUGGUGCGGAACCUUACUUGCGCGACUAUUUCCAAUUUUAUGUGAUUUGUUAUUUAUUGAAUGCAUGGGUCUGGGUAUAAGGGCAUAUGGGGCUUUUUUCAAUAUACUAAUGACCAGAUUUUAAAGGGAAUAUCGUCUUCGAAGCAAGAGGAAUAUUAUCUAUAUUGAUUAUGAUUGGUUGAUCAUAUUCCUUCAGGUGGUGAAUUCUGGUUUAAAUAACGAAAUAUCAUUAUCUGCAUGUUUUCGUGUGAACUGAACGAAAUGUUGGAAAUCUCCUCAAUUUUUCUGCAGAUGAAUUAUUACACGAUAGCUGUAUUAAUUCGUCAUUCUUAUAUACCUGUGUAACAUUUUAGGUUAUUCAUAACAUAACUACCAAAACUAUUUAUUCUUAUUUAUUUUUCAACUGCCAAUAAUUUCGAUUAAAUGAAAAUUUAAAUAUAAAA